UUUUAUUUUUGGAAGUGUUUAUUUGAAAAACAUACUGUGGAUAAUGUGGAUGCUUUUACUGUUGAGUCUAAUAGUGAUUCGCUCUUUGAAUGUUCUAUUUCUUCAAGAUUCAAAUUCUAAUUUACCGCCAUCGUUCUGAUUGGUCUUGGAGGGAAGCUCGUGCAAAACGAACUCGUGCGUGUAAAUUUCCCUAGCGUCUAGACCAAUGAAAAACAAGGUCAAACAUUUUCAACUGGAAUAUACUGAGUUAUAUAAUCAUCAGCAAACGAUGACUGAUAACUGAUAAAAUCUCGUCCGUCAGUACAUUAGUCGAUACUCGUGAGAGUAGUUUGUCGGUUACAUUGAAGUAAGUAAGUAAGUAAGUACUCGAGAUUAUUUAACAAAGAUGGGGCCGACUCUUUACAUGAUCCCCGCCAGUCCCGCUGUCAGAUCUGUUACUAUAUGUGCCAAGGCCAUAGGAGUGGAUCUCAAUCUCAAAAACGUCGAUUUGUUUUCGGGAGAACAUCUCAAGCCGGAAUAUCUCAAGAUCAAUCCUCAACAUACAGUUCCAGUUCUUGAUGAUGACGGUUUCAUUUUGGCCGAUAGUCAUGCCAUCAUGUCAUAUCUGGUAUCAAAAUAUGGCAAGGAUAAAUCUCUUUACCCCACUGAUUUACAACAAAGAGCCAUAGUAGACCAUCGUCUGCAUUUUGAUAGCAGCAUUCUUUUUGCAAGGGGAGCCGCGAUUUCAGGCCUACUUUUCGGAGGAGGCAAAGAAAUUCCACAGAAGCUUCUAGACAAUUUAUCUGAAGCCUUCCAGGUGGUGGAGAAACUCCUUCAGAAGACUAAGUAUGCUGCCGGUGAUCAGGUGACCAUCGCAGACCUCAGCUUCGUGACCAGUCUAACCUCUUUCGCACUGUUUGUGCCACUCACAGAAGCGCAAUUUCCCAAAAUCACGGCUUGGUUGAAGAAAAUGGAGGAGCUGCCAUACUACAGUGAAAAUAAAAAUGGGUUGGAACAGUACCAUCAGAUUUUGAAAACGAUAAUGAAGAAAUGAACAUGUACUCAAUAAAUGCAUCAAUCACCUGAAAUCUCUCAAUCUAUUGUACGUAUAAUAUACCUCUAUAUGUAUGUACAAGCUAUGUACCUGAUAGCUUGAUCAUUAUCUA